CCUGUGGCCGCCUGUACAUCUUUGAUUUUGCUUUUCCAGGCUCACCCCCAGUGUGCCGUUCACAACCAGGACUCUUGACAAGGCCACAGUUCUGGGUGACUACGCUUUACCCAAAGGAACAGUGUUGAUGCUAAAUACCCAGGUGUUGGGGUCCAACGAGGAAAAUUUUGAUGACGCCAGUCAGUUUAGGCCCGAACGAUGGCUUCAAGAGAAAGAGAAGAUCAACCCCUUCGCACACCUCCCGUUUGGCCUUGGGAAGAGGAUGUGCAUCGGACGCCGGCUGGCUGAGCUCCAGCUCCACCUGGCCGUCUGCUGGAUCGUCCGCAAAUAUGACAUCGUGGCCACGGACCACGAGCCUGUGGAAAUGCUGCACUUAGGGAUCCUGGUGCCCAGCCGGGAGCUCCCCAUCGCCUUCUGCCAGCGAUAGGCAGC